GGAGGGGGCUUCCAAGCAGGCCGGGCCCUCCAGAGCCCCUGCCCCGGGCUGCGGGCUGGGGGACCAGCAGUCCAUCCAGCAGUGAGACGCUCCCACCCGGCCUCGUCGCGACCAGGCCCGGACCAUGAACGCCACGGCAGCCGGCUACCCUUUGGCCUCCUUGUACGUGGGCGACCUGCACGUGGACGUGACGGAGGCCAUGCUGUACGAGAAGUUCUCCCCCGCCGGCUCCAUCAUCUCCAUUCGCGUCUGCCGCGACGUGGCCACCCGCCGCUCCCUGGGCUAUGCCUACAUCAACUUCCAGCAGCCCGCCGAUGCGGAGCGAGCGUUGGACACCAUGAACUUUGAAGUGAUCAAGGGCCGGCCUAUCCGCAUCAUGUGGUCCCAACGGGACCCCGGCCUCCGAAAAUCGGGCGUCGGCAACAUCUUCAUCAAGAACCUGGAUGACUCCAUCGAUAACAAGGCGCUGUACGACACUUUUUCCACCUUCGGAAACAUCCUUUCCUGCAAGGUGGUGUGUGACGAGCACGGAUCCCGGGGCUUUGGCUUCGUCCACUUCGAGACGCGUGAGGCUGCCAGCCAGGCCAUCGGCACGAUGAACGGGAUGCUCCUCAACGACCGGAAAGUUUUCGUCGGCCACUUCAAGUCUCGGCGGGAGCGCGAGGCGGAGCUGGGAGCCCGGGCGCUCGAGUUCACCAACGUCUACAUCAAGAACUUUGGGGAAGACGUGGACGACAAUCAUCUGAAGGAGAUCUUCGGGCAGUUCGGAAAGACUCUGAGCGUCAAGGUGAUGGUGGACGAAGUGGGCCGCUCCCGGGGCUUUGGCUUCGUCAACUUUGAAAAGCACGAGGAAGCACAGAAGGCGGUGACCAGCAUGAACGGCAAGGAGCUGAACGGGCGGAUGCUGUAUGUGGGCCGGGCCCAGAAACGCACUGAGAGGCAGAGCGAGCUGAAGCGCAAGUUCGAACAGAUCAAGCAGGAAAGAGUAAACCGCUACCAGGGUGUCAACCUGUACGUGAAGAACCUGGACGACUGCAUCGAUGACGAGAAACUGAGGAAAGAGUUCUCUCCGUACGGGACCAUCACUAGCGCCAAGGUGAUGACAGAGAGUGGCCACAGCAAAGGAUUUGGCUUUGUGUGUUUUUCCUCCCCAGAAGAGGCUACGAAGGCCGUGACGGAGAUGAACGGGCGGAUUGUGAGCACCAAGCCCCUGUACGUAGCCCUGGCCCAGCGCAAAGAGGAGCGGAAGGCCAUCCUCACCAACCAGUACAUGCAUCGGCUCUCCACCAUUCGCACCCUCGUGGCUCCCCUCAUGGGCUCCUUCCAGCAGCCCACUGGCUACUUCUUGCCUGCCUUGCCCCAGCCCCCGGCCAGAGCCACGUUCUACGGCCCCAGCCCCGUGGCCCCUGUGCGGCCUGCCCCGCGCUGGGCCGUCCAGCCUCCAAGACCUUCGUCCACCCCGCUGAUGCGGACACCUCUAGCACCCCGGCGCUUCCAGUCUGGCAUCAGCACCGUCAAACCGGCCUCCAUUCAGGCCUCCCAACCAGCCUCACUCUCGCAGACUGUUGCCAAUAUUGGCACCCAGACCACGGGCCCUGGGAUGCCCGGUUCCUUGACUGUGAGUCGCAGUCCCCAGCAAUUCAAGUACACCCAGGCGGUCCGCAAUGCCCAGCAGGUGGAAUCGGCUGUUCACGUCCUCGGACAAGAGCCUCUCACUGCGUCUAUGCUGGCCACGGCCCCGCCGCAGGAACAGAAGCAGAUGCUCGGUGAGCGUCUCUACCACCUCAUCUACCCACUGCACCCCUCCCUCGCGGGCAAGAUCACGGGCAUGCUGCUGGAGAUUGACAAUUCCGAGGUGCUGUUGUUGCUGGAGUCCCCGGCGUCCCUGCGGUCCAAGAUUGAAGAGGCCGUUACGGUAAUCCAGGCCCACCAGCCCCCAGAACUGCCCAAGAUCCCCGCACCCUUCCUGCACUGAGGGCAGGGGCGGCCCGGGUCAGGCGGGCACCUUGCCCUG